AGUCUGCCAGUUACUUCUUGCGAUCCAAGCGGAGUUUGUGUGUGUCCGUCGCGGCUGAAGAAGUUGAGAACGAGAAAAAAGCGGCGUUCGCGGUCUGGAGAUCAUGGUGUAGACUGAUUUGUUGUGAAGUGUAUUGAAAGUUAUCGAGCAAGGAUUUUGGAUUUUUUUUGGUAGCGAAAAUGUUACAGCCGAGGAAACAUAUGACAUUGGUGUUGUUGGCAGCUUUUCUCUUAGUGGAUAAUUUGAAAGGUCAAGAUUACAAUAUAGAGUACACACCUAGGAAGCAAAGACAGAAUGAGAAAGAUGUCACUACUGUACUACUGGUCGACAAUCAAGGCAGAUCUUCUUUCGGAAGGUUCCUGAACGUUAAGCCUGAUCUAGGUCUCAUUACCUCGACUGCGCGUACCUUCAUUCAGGCUGGCGUGACCACUGAGUACGCCACUCAAGUACUCGGUACCACUCUAGACAAUGGACGCUUGUAUGCUCACUUACUCACGAAAAGCUCCAGAGUCUUAUACGAUGACUCUCCUUCAAAAUCUCACGAGCAUUAUAGUAAAAAGUGGAGUGUGAACGAGAAUAAUCUAGUUGGCGAUCAGUUCCUUAAGAACAUCGACUUCGCGCCUAGAGAUGUCAUUGUACCAACUAGAUUACAGAUGCCAGACGUUAUUGGAAGUAAUACUCAGUACGCAAGCAUCAGCAGUCCCCAAAAUGUCAUUGAGGAAGAAAUAUUGAACGAGUCACCUUCCAACAACUACAGACUGUCAUACCAACAAAACCAAAAGCUUCGAUCGAGCGACACUAAUCAGAACAACAUCAAGGUAUUCAGAAUAGGCUCACAAGUACCAGAUUACACCGAGGAAAACGUGAUAAAUCACAAGGAGCUGAACGAGAAACCCCUCCAAAACGAAUUCUUGCCAUCCAAAGUACGUCCUUGGGAUAAUUUACCAACGUUCACAGUCAGAAAUGAGUUUUCUCCAUCAGGAUUGUCAUUCUUGGGAGAUUUUCCAGAACUGGAGGAACGUACAGAACGUACUAGACUCACCAGUCCAGCAGACAGGAAGGCUAAAUUGUUAUUCAAAGCAGGUUUGGCCAGACCGAGCCACAAAGACCUAACUUCGAUAACCUACAGCGGUUUCGCGGAUUUCACCACAACCGUAGGUGACACAGUCAUAAUUUUCACUCCCAAUACCAAGAAGGAGGCAGAAACCUCACAGGAAACAACCAGAGUUGCAGAAACUCCGUCUAUUCAAGCGACCACCACCCUACAAGAACCUCCUUUGGCUACUCAGAUCAAAACGUUCUUGUCCCAAGAACCGCCAAUGGAAACUAAAACCUUCAAAGGUGACAAACUCGAAAUGAAAACCCUCCUACCGACGAUGGUCAUAGACAAAACAGAUAGGAUGAGAGAGGCUAAGAGCCAAGCUACCGAAGAACGCAUAGAUAUGGAUGCGAAAUCAGCUGUACUGGCUCGUGAACAAGGUCAAGAAACUGACACCGCGGAGUCUUCAAUCGCAUUCACUGCAGAAGUUAUUCAACCAUCAGAAACCCAACCCUCUAUGUUAUCCACACCUUCCGAUGAGGACAUCGCGAAGAUAUUCGCUUCUCUUCAGGCCCUGGCAAAACAAUCCACAGAACCACUCAGUUCCUUCACUAGUGUCCUCGAACCUUUAGUGGUACAAACCAAAGAUAUGAGCCUGACUGGUGCCACAACCAUAUUCUUCGAUGAUGAAGUGCCAAGCAAAACUAGCUCGCUAGAAACUACCUCUUCGUCUAAAUCACUCACAGCCGAAGAAGAAACAAGUGAAGGGACAACGACAACAGAAGAAGAUGGCAUUGAGUCUGAUAGUGAGAGUCAACUUGGUAGCACCCUUUGUUCCGGUGGAAGUGAAGUUGUUCCUACCACAGUAUACAAAACACUCACAUAUCUCACAACCUUCUUCAUCCCUGUGGAAGACUCAACAACAACUUCAGUUAAAUCCAAUGAAGUUGUAUCGACAGAAGUUGGUUUGACAACCAGACCUUGUCAGAACAUGGCUACCACUCCAGAAACGACAACUUCAGUAGUUACAGUAGUUACUGAAGAAAUAUCUACAAUACAAACCACAGAGCCUAACUCCGAGGCUCCGACAGAGCCAGCUACAGAACAUGUAACGGAAAAUCAAACAGAAGAACAUGAAGCUACGACUCAUGAAGUUCCUGACAUAACAACUCAGGAUUUCACGACUGAAGUAACAGAUCCAAUCACAGAACAAGUAGAAACAACAACCAGUGAAGACGAUGAAGUAGAAGUGAUAUUCAAGACCCUCUAUACAACUUACACUUACCUAACAACAUAUUUUCAAGAAACCACUUCUUCAAUCGCCAGCAGGAUAGUGGUCACAACGAACGUUAUAACCUCAACACUAGAUCCUGGACAUGAAGCAACAGACUCCAUAGAAGGACUGUUUGUUGCAGAUGAUCAAGUUGCAGGCUUCAAAACCAAAACUGUUUCUUUCGAAGAUGUGGUUGAUAUCACUCCUCGUGAUAAUGGGAUCGUUCCAACUGUUUCACAUACUUUUGAAGGUGACGCUGAAGACGGUGAUUCGCAAGAACACGUUUUGUCGAAACCUACACCUAUACUUGAUGAUGCUAGCUUAGCGCAGACCAUCAAUGCAGUUAAAACUUAUUACACGACAUACACUUACUUCACCACGAUCUUUGUUGAUGGAGAAACUGAGAUAUCGAGCCGUACUGAGGUUUACACGAACUUCGUUACUCCUUCUGUACACCAGCAUAUUAUCGCAACUGAGACUGUUAAUACAGAUGGAGACAAUGACCAAGAAGAAGUUGAUGAAAAUGACAAGAUCACUAACCGAGUUUCUGAAUUCAGUGGAAAACUACAAAGCAGUUAUAAUACCAUCAACCGUCAAACAUAUUCAACUAGAACUUACCAGCUAGAUAACGAUGUAUCAGGUCCUGAUGCAGGAUAUUCCACUAUAGAACGAGAAAGCGUAAGCAAGUUGAAUAAUGAUAUAACAGACGAUGAUGAAUUCAACUUCAAAGAUUAUGAAACCAUUGCCACCAUGGUCACUGAUGUGCGUAGCAGUACCUCUGAAGGAGACCGUAGAAUUAUAGACAACGUUGAUAAACGCAACGUUUUACUAGAUGAUCAAAUCGUUUCAGAAUCGAAUAAUGACUCUGAAAUCUUACCUUCCCCAACAUUGCUCCUGCAAACAAGCUAUACAACUUUCACGUAUUUCACUACGAUGUAUCAGGGAACAACCUCUAGCAAUGUCGUUAGUAGGCUAGAAACAAUCACUAAUGUUGUCACCCAAACAUUAACCCCGACACAAACUCUGAGCAUCGAAGAUUUGAAUCUACCGAUAACCUAUUUCACAACAUUCACCUACUGGACAACCCUCUACAAGGAUGGUACCACAAAAAUAACAAGUCGUGAAGAAACACUAUCAAAUAUCGAAACACCUACAGUUGCAAGUAGUUCAACAUCUGCUGAUAUGACUUUUUCAUCUAUAUCCUCAACUCCAGUUGCCAAUGAAAUCGUCCCGACAGCAUCAACCGAAAGCAUAGUACCAUCAUCAGUUGGAGACGAUGAUUUAACUACUUACUUCACUACGUACACAUAUUACACGACCUCGUACAUUGGCGACAGUAGUGUUCUGAAUAGUAGGCUCGAGACUGUUACCAACGUUUUGAAUGAUUCGCAAGCCAUCAACAGCAGUCAUACUGGAAGAGCUAUUGGCUCUGCCCAUGGCAACAAAUUAGAGAAUGAUAUCGAGAAAUCCCAAACUAAAGCACCAGGGGCGUUAGAUAUUAUCAGACCAACAGGUUUAUUAUCCACAAUAGAAAGUACAGUGGAAAAUGACGGUAUAACCACAGUACUAUCUACAGAUGUAUACGGUACCUAUGUUGAUGGACUAUACGCUCAAGUUCUCGAAAGUACAUCAAGCAUUUUGACGAAAAAUAUAUCAGCUUCCUCCGUAACGGUUGCCUUGCAACCAACUGGAGUAGUCAGUAUCAAUAAAGGCAAGAUAGUUGAUGCCGAAGGUGUCAGUACCUUAUUCUAUACAACCCAAGCCGUAGGAACAUACAUAGAUAAUUUAUACGCACAAGUUAUCGAAAGUACGAGUUCCCUAACAGUAGAUGAAGUGAAAAAAGCGGGAUUGCCUACAGACUUGCCCAUCGUACACCGAACUGGUUUAGUGAGGCUGAUAGAAGGAUCUAUCGUACAAAAUGAUUCGACAACGUUUUAUGAAUCCAAAGUGUUGGGCACCAUGAUAGAUGGUAGAUACGCUCAAAUAAUCGAGAGCACGUCGAGCUUUCUAGUGGGACAAGCCUCAAUUGCACCCAGCGCUGUAAACAGUGAAAUAAUUCCUUCAGCUACACAAGCACCAGCAGGAACCAUAACAACAACAGACACAAUUUCCCCAUCACCAGUGGUGAUCGAAGGAUCCAUCAGCGAAACGACUAAACCAGACGAUGAAUCCAGCACUGAAGAGAACGAAGAAGACGACGACAAGAGCAACGGGAGCUCCAAGUCCAGGCUGUCUUUCCAAUCGCGCAAGCGAACAUUCACUCCAGCGAUAAGGCCGUUUGCGUCAAGGCAAAGACCGACCUUCGCUCCCAAAAGAAAAGCAUUCGGACAGAGCACUGCAGCCACUAUAACAAGAAGCGACUUCACUCCAACCGUAACAGCAGUCCUAGCCUCUAAAUCAAACAGGUUCGGCGGUAGAAGAUCUUCAGCAACAAGUAUACAACCAACAGCUUCUGGAAGCAGGCGAUUCUCGCGUCCCAAAUCCAGUAGUAUAUCAGGAUACAGCUCGUCAUUUGGUGGUGGUAGAAGAAGCAGCUCCUCUAGAAUCCAGCCUACCAUAGCUGGGUCUAGCUCGAGACGAGCAGGACUCAGAUCGAGCUCUCUGUUUGGAUCGAGACCGAGAAUUCGCCCGACAUUAGCUACAGGCUUAGCUAGAUCACCUAGCUCCAACGUUGUGACUCAAAUUCCCCCAGAUGAAGAUAACGAUCUGACUACUAUAGUGACUGACGCACCGACCGAUGCGUCAGACGAAGACGCUGAAACCACUCUGGCCCUGCAAACGACCACCGAAGGUUCUAGACGUAACCAGAACCCUCUGUUGAAGUUCAGGAGGCCUUUGUCUCGUACUCCAGGAACGAGAAACACUCCUGCUAAGCCGUCCACCAGAACUACUCCUAGAAGAGUGACAACUACCACGAGUACCACUACUUCGAAACCCAAAACCACAUACAGCAGGCCGAACAGUUUGCUGAGUAGGGCAAGACCUAAUGCAUUGUUCCCUAGAAGGAACUUAUUCACAACUACUACUCCUGCUCCGGAAGAAGAACUGGAGGACGGUGAAGACUUAGAAGAGGAGGAGGAACCAGAAGAAGAUACCGAUUAUGACAGCUCGCUGGUUGUUGAAACAGUCGUAGAUCCUGCUGAAAGUCGUCACAUUCCUAGAGUGAAUGUUCCUCGGCCAUUUUUCAGGAAAAGGUCUAAGAGAGAUACAUAUUCGAGGUUCAGACGACCUACAAGUACGACUACUACGGCUACCAGUGCAUCAGAAGAGGAAAUAGAACUGCCACAGAAGGUAUCUAGCAGGAAUAGAUAUGUUCCCAAAAAUAGAAAUGUCAAAACAACUACUCCAGCAAAUGCCCCGAGAGCAAGGAUCACUCCUAGUAAAACCUCAUCCCGAACUCAGUUUACCCUGAGAGAGAAGGAUAAAAAAAACAAUUUCAAGAGGCCCACUACCACUUCACGUUCUAGCAGACCCACAACGAAUGCUAGACUCAGCUCCUCUAGAUCUAGAAAUCAACAAACCGAUAACAACUUCAGAAAAUCCACAACUAAUAGUAGACAGAGUUCGAGAACAAAUACCAGAGGAAGAACUAACCAACGGCAACGGUAUCAAAAAGAUGAUGUUUCAGAGCACGACAACUAUGUUUCACCUCCUUCUGAUGGAACUAUAACAGUGACACACCAAAUUCCAACUGAAAUCACCAUUCCAGUUGUCAAUGGUAAAAUCACCGAAUACAAAAACGUGGUGACCGCCAAGCUCAGCACAGAAAUAUUAGGUCCUAGGCAAUACUCAACAACCAUCAAUCCUUUCGGAAAAGAACAGAAAGUAUUGUUAAGUGAAAAUACUGGAAUAGCCAAUAACGGAGCAACUUUAAUCACUCAGUUGGUACUGAACGAGACGCCAACAACCAGUGUUAUAUUCACUCCAACGUAUAUCAACAGACGUAAAACCUCGUUCUCUCACGUCGUUCCUAGUACCAUUUAUGGAGUAGAACAAGUCGUCAACACUAUCCAACCAGCCCUCGCUGCUCAAGCUCCGCUAGCAAACAUUUUGUUGUCCCAGCUUCUCCUUGGUGGUCUGCAGCCUCAACCGAACCCUUUAUUGGGCUUGCAACAGCAGCAACAACCAGCUACACCUACCACCGAGUUCAAAACCAGAACAACUACGUAUGUGACGACAGUCACAAGCGAGACCUCAACGGUCAUCCCCUUGACAUUUAGAGGAAAGGAAAUCUUCACGACCAUAAUCGAUAGCAGUGUGACAGUUCUUACAGCAACCGAGUUCUUAACAGAUACUGUGGUGGUAACGCCUACGUUUGGGUAUCCUGCCCCACAGCUGAAUACUGCAUUAUUACUUCAGUUGCAACAGUUCCAGCAACAACAACAGUCUCUGGCAAGUCCACAGUUGCUGCCACAAGCCAAUCCGUUCAGUUCAGAUGAGCUGCCUGAACCACAGCCGCUGUAUAGAGAGGAAGAAAAGUUUAAUUUCGCAUUAGGCGAGAGUGGAGAACUUCAGGAUAGUGAUGAAGUUGUCAAACCGAAACCCAAGAGUUCGAGGAGAGGGAAGAAGAGUAAAGCUGCUCAAGUUGUCGAACCACCAAAAGAAACUAGUGUUAUAACGUUGUAUGUGUCUGGGAGAACGCCUGGGGAAUUUACGACAGUUCUGUCGACUAUAACAGUUGGAGAAGAAGGUGGUAAGAGUAAGCGGGAUAUUCAUGAUGUUCCAGUGAAGCCAUCUAGAAUACAAGGAAAUCCUGAUUCUAUCACAACUCGAGGAGUCGAGAGCUUAGUCAUGCCAACGGCAGAUAUAGCUUUAGAGACAUCUGAGACUACCAAGGAAACUGAAAGCUUGGAAAGUAUAAUUGGUAAUGUACCAAAACAUUUGAACACGAAAACUCCUGAACUUUUCGGGACAAAGCCAACUAAGUAUGAAGAAGCUAGCAAGAAGAAUCAAACCAAGUUUGUCCUGGCGAAAGCAAAGUCUACCGACGAACAUUUUUUUGGGUAAAUGACCUUAGCAAAGUAGCCCCCCUUAUGCCAAAGGUCGAAACGUCGCUUAACAAAUGGGGCAAACAUAUUACAAAAAUUAACGUUUCGAACAAAAUUGGGGAUAAAAAGUAUAGAUAUAAAAGGGACUUACCUGAAAUUAACAAAAAAAGGAGAAGAGUUAUCAAAAAACUAGUAAGAGUACAACCUUUAACCAAUGCAACUUUUAAUGAAGAGUCGAUGAAAUCUGAGGAAAAAUUCCUGAAUGAUAUUACGACUAGACGAUAUAGGAAACGUUUGAGGAUAAAAAAAAAGAAGAAACGUUUACUCAUUCCUUCUAGCACCACGAACUUCGAAGAAACCGAAUCUAUUCAACCCACUGUGAAGCAGAGGAGAAAAAUCAUCAUCACCAAAAAGCGUAUUUUACCAAGUACUAAUAAAACAGUUACUCCUGUACUACCACAAGAUAUUGCUUCUACAAAUCGAAAUCCAGUUUUCCUUGCUUCAGCAGAAGAGUACACGAGGAAUAUAUUAGCUGGACAAAACAACUACGAAUCAUCGAGCUACAACGAAAACUCUUUUGAUAGCUUCGAAACUGACACUGAUGAUGAGCAAAAUGACUCAGAAGAAGACUAUGGAGAAGAUGAAGAUGAUAACUAUGACAGCGAUGAAUAUUAUGAUAAUGAGGACAAUUUCACUGAAGCCAUACCUAUAGUUACGAUCAGAAAUGAUCUGUCACUAGAGAGAGACUCUGAAGAGUCUAGUAUCUCAGAGACGAAGUACAUCGAGAAUGAAGAAGAACCGGACACUGCAUCUGAGAUGAAUAUACAGGAGGAAGUGAAAGAUACGAACUUUAUUCAUCCAUCAGGAUACAGUGAUGAUGAGAAUAUUGACCAAUCGACCUUCCAUCAAGAUUUGCCAGAAUACGAGCCCUUUUUCCCUGAGCUUUCUGAAUCUCUUGACGCACCCGUACUUCUUCUGAAAACUACUGUUCUAUCUUCCACCGAACUUCUGACAAACACCGUGACACAAAGCAGACUGAGAACUUACACCUUCGUGGUAACUAGAGUUAGUGGGAGUGAGGAGAUUGUGACUUCGACUACUGAAGUGAGACCGCAAGUACAGACCACCGUUUUGACGGAAACUUUAACGAAGUUCACUACCCUAACUCUCUUGGACUUCGACGCUACUGAGACUUUGACAGAUUUUAUCCCAACUUUGGACAACCCUCAGCCUGAUGAUCUCGAUCGAGCCAAAGAAGGUAGGAGUUUUAGUGAAGAAGCCAGAUAUAAUCUAGCGACGAGAGUUAUGUCCAACGGAGUAGAAGUCAUUGUCGCCGGAGAUAAAACUACUUCACCAUCAGGAAAACAAGAUCCGAAAAGGUUUUUAUCCGUUGAACAGAAACACGUCACACUGAAACCGAGCACGCUGACAGAUCAAGUUUUGAUGUUAUUACCUCAAGAAACCUCAAAAAUUGAUAUCUCAAAUUCGGAUCAGUUCAUAACGAAGACAUGUUUGACAACUUUCACAUACAUAACGACCUAUCUGGAAGGAAGUACAACGACAGUCUCCAGUCAUGAACAGGUAGUCUCGAAUGUCGCUACUGAAGCUAGAGAAACUGGGAAAAUCCUUCCCACUCCCACUGUUGGAAUAACACUAACACAGAACACGAAUCUCUCAGUGGGAGUCUUCCAUACAACUUACACGUACCUCAACACAAUUUUGGACGGAGAACAACCCUUGAUCAUAUCAUCCGAGCACACUGUUGCCAAUACAGUGACAGCCCCUAACGAUUAUUUCUCUCUUCUACAACCCUCCGAAACAGUUGAACCCACUAAGGACACGAACACCUACUACAGUACAAUCGGCCUGGAAAAAACCCUCUUUGAAGGCGACAAAACAUCUGUUAUAAGCACCAAAGAAGUAGUCACUCAAGUUGUCAUAACUGAAAGCGUACCACCUAGAGCCACCUCUGUGAUGACCUCUUAUAUCGCCUUGGAUAUGGAAGAAAAUCCCUUGAUAUCGUCCACAGAUGUUCUCAAGACUUAUUUCGUCACCUACACUUAUUUUAAAACGGUAAUGGAAGGUGGUAAAGAAGUGGUCAAAACAGAUAUAUCGACAGCCAGUGAUGUUGUUACAGAACAGCUCUACAUACUCCCGAAGAAGAAAACAAUGACUACAACCCAGUCACCUGUGAAGCAACACACUAUGAGUCAUUUGUCUAGAGAUAAAAUGCAGAUUCAAGUGGCCAAAUCUUAUUUCACGACUUUCACGUAUUACACAACCCUCCUACGGGAAGAGAACAAAGCCACCUCAACCAUAGUGAGCUCUAGAACGAGCGUAGUCAAGAACUUAGUAACCGAGACUAUAGAUCCCAGCUUACUAGACGAGAAGUAUCUGACAAAAAUAAAUGAUGCAAUCGGUGAAGGUUCGAAGUCUGUAGUAAUGCAAGCGAGUCUACAAAACGGGCAUACCGUUGAAAUCACCGCCUACUCUAAGAAACCAGAUGAAACAAUCCUACCUAGCAAAGUUAUACCGAUAGAACGAACAAAAAGUCCAGAAACAUUCAUGAACCAAGACGUGUUCAGCGUGGAAUCAUCUUCACCCAGUGUCAUAACUGGAUCUACUAUUAUCUUUGUAGAUGACGAUCCAUUCACUCACCUUGCAUCCACACCAGUACUAACAACCUUGAAAACUGCCAUUACCAAAAUUCAAACUACUUCCAGUGCAAUACAAAAUACGAAGUCUUCAGUAGAAAUCAUCAAGACCAAACCAUCCACGAAGAGAAAUAAGUCUAAGAACCAAGUGUCGCCCACCAAAACCAAGACCAGUCCCAAUAAAUCAAAAACUACGAGCUCCCUAAUAAAAAAUGACGAUCAUGAAGUUGAAAAGAAUGAAAUAGAGAAGCCAGCUAACCAAGCCCCUGAUCUCUUGGGCUUAGGUUCUCUAAACAUAAACAGCCUGCAAGCCUUAACACCAGUCAUCAAUGCCAUGGCUGGCUUGAUUUCGACUAAUCUCAAAUCUAAUAGAAGACACGACGUUGAAAAUGUAACUGAGACUGACAAUAAAGAAGUUGAGGAGCAAACAGACUCUUCAUCUGACGUACAAAACAGAUCCCCGAUUUACAUACCGGUCAGAGGUCUGGCUGAUGACUUCGAGAUAGCAGAAAGCCAAAAUAUAGCCAACUUUGAUUGGAUAGAAGGAUUUCAAGGAAAAAAUGCACACGAAAGCUCGCUGCUUAAUGGAGGUAUCGCAAUUUCCCCCGGUGAAAUCAUAACUGCGAAUUCUGACGUGAUAGUAGGAAAGCCAGGACGAAUAGGGCCUAGAAUCCCUGCCAUUCCUCUACACGGUGAAUCCGAGAUACCGAUAGGGAUGAAACCACCACCGAUACCCAAUAAAUUAAGACUCAAACAGAGCCACGAAUACAAACGUAUUCCUGCUGCAUACGAUGCAAGCCCUUCCAAUAAAGUAUUCACCAGCACUAAAGAUGAUUACAUCGGCCCACCUCCACCAAUGAUAUAUCCAAACAAUGACAAGUUCAAACAUACCACAAAAACGAUAGGUUCCCAAAACAGGAAAGAACACUUCAGCGAGCAGCUGAACCCAUUCUACCAAAUCUACUCUAAAGAUCAGACUAACUAUGUUAACGACUACAAUUUGAAUGAAGUGAGCCAUUUCCCUAACCAAAAUCAACAGAGUCUAAGGGAAACCAUACAAAAUAAAUUCAACUCGAUGAUAAAGCAGUCAUAUCCCAUAUAUGCUUCAGAACACGAGUCCUUCCGAGUACCAGACCAAGAACUAACAACACCUAGAAACAUAGGACCAUCAAUCAACAACAAACCCAUUGUUUUGCCAGAGAUAAUAGAAAGAUCUACCGGACAACCGCUACUGGUGAACAUCCAACCAAGCCAAGUCGCUUUCGUCAACAUUCCUUUCAACAGAACCACUGCUCUGAUCUACGGAGGAUCCACCGAGCCACACAGGAACGGGCAGUACUUUGAUGAUCCGUCUCCAUACCCAGAACCCGAAUUUUCCGGGGUAGAAAUCAACAAUGGGGUACCGCAAAUCGCUUCGGUAUACCAAAACGUACUGCCCGGUCAGAAGCAAGUGAACGGUGUUCUGAAAGUGCAAGAGCAAACGAUAAACAUCGAUCCAGACACCAGUGCUAACCAAAAGGUGAUGGUCAACAUCAAACCAACGAAGCCUUAUGACGGGUAUGACGACCAGAAGGUUAAUAUAGGAGUUGCUCCAAUUUCUUUCGGGCUUGUACACCAAGGAGAUGAUUUCAAUGCCCAUGUCAUAAAUCAUGGGCAGAACAACAUCGCUCCCAAUGAAUAUACUAAUUUAGGUAUUACUGAAGAUCAAAGACAGAGGUGGGAAGAUUUCAAAAGCAGAGAUCCGUAUUCCCCAUCGAGGCCAAAUGCUGAAGGGCUGGGUCACGUGAACAAAAUUACUGUCGAGACACAUUUGAAUGACCAGAAAUUGAACGCUAACGUUGAUCCUUACUACAAACAGAAUCCCAACCGGUAUGUUAAAGGAAAUGAAAUCGGAGUGAAUGUUGAAAUGAAAAAACCUGACAGAGAACGUGUGAAUGCUUUAUCACCGGUGAAUAUUUGGCGUUCUGAGCCAACAAGAACAAAAACUACUGAUUUUGGAAUAUCUGAAACAAUGAUUCCUCCAGCCCCAGACUAUCAGAACAACCAUCACAACUACAGAAGACCAGUACCUAUACCAUUAGGUUCUGGAUCUUCAAAUAAUGAGCACCAGAUAUCUAAUCUUGGUAAUACGAACUAUGGUCAGUACCCAGGUGGAGAAAGGAUUCCUGGACAACAGCAACUGAAUCAAAAUAGAAUCAGAUUUCCUGAAGAGGAAAAUGAUGACGAUAUUGAAAAUGGAGAAGAUGGAGUCUUUCAAGAGUCUAAUAGCAGACCAUUGCUCCCAGGAGAAUUGCCAAUAGAAAUAUUGAAAUCACAAGCGAGUAAGAAGAAUGAGUCAAACAACGCUCAUGCCAUGAAUUAUCAUAAUGAAACCUUGAUGGAUUUCAAUCGCAAUAACUACAUUCCAGUGAUAUCACAGAACGCAAGGCCAUUUGCUACCAUACAAACUGUCCCAGUUAUUCACAAUACUUAUAGACCGGAUUAUAAUCAUAUUCCAUAUAGUUCUCAUGAUUAUGAUAGCAAUAUCAAUCAGAAUGUUGUUAGAAAUGAACAUUCCAAUACAGUUAAUGAUGACAAACCGAGUACCCAGUAUACAGAAGAUAUAAGAGUUCAAAUACCGAGCAACAAUGUGAAGGUAAAUCAUAACCAAUCCAACAGAAAACAGCAACCUAAUGGUAUCAAAUCCAUCAUACAAAAAACAUCCCAGAAACCAGUGCUCAUUUUCAUUGACGAAAACAAUAGCACCACAAAUAAUUUCUUCCAUCACAAAAACCAGAAUAAAUUCAAUCACCAGAACAAAAUUUCUGAAAGACCCAGUGUAACGUCUCUACCAAUAGAUAUACAAACUGUAGAGCAAGAAGUAUCCAGAAGACCCCUCAACAAUAAUCGUCCUAGUCAAACAGAAACACCAUUCGUUCCUCACAGAAACAUUCUGCUUGACGAUAAAUUCGUCAAGAAUGACGUCACAACAAAAGCACCAAGAUACAAAAUAAGGUAUCCCGGAAUUAGGCCCAUACAGCCUGUUCGAAAGGAAACCUCUGACCUGAACACAGGUGAAGUCACUAUUUCGAGUACCGUGUCAACAAUAUCGGACAUGGAAAUUUUGAAACCACCGACACUCAAACCUCCAGCGAAAGAGAUUGUUCGAAUCAAACACUAUCCCACAGGAGAGAAUAUUCCAAAUGGUGUAAUCACCGAGGCAUCUGUUCCAAAACCCUCUAGUCAUCUUCCAUUCGUUCCAGCACCUUUGGAAGAAAUGGUACCUCCACCACUAAUCACUGAGGUGAAGGACGAAGUUAUCGGUAUGAGUCCACCACCUUUGACAACAAAUAUAAUUCCUCAUACGCACAAUAAAACUGUUUAUUCAAUGCAAAUUGAUACACCUAAAGAUCCUACAACCGAGAAAAAUAAAUAUAUCAGAACUAGAAGACCAUACACACGAAGACCAAGCUAUAGAACAACUACUACUGCCUCUACCACUUCCACAACUGGUUCAACUAGACCUACUAAUAGAAGACCUGUAUUCCCGCUAGGCAAUAGGCUUUUCAAGAACAAAACCUCUACUGACUUCACCACGACUGAGAAGAAUAUCAUCAGUCCAUCACCAUCAAUCAAGACCAAACCUUCAAUGCAAGUAAUAAUCGGCCAUCCAAAUCUGGACAUCGAUGAAAUCGAAUCCAGCAGUUCCACAUCUAUCUCAGAAGCGACCAAGGACUAUCAAGACAGCUUCGGAUCACCUGGUGAUAAAGACGCCAUAGUAGAAAUCAAACCUUCCAUAGUCCACGAUACUUCAGACCUAAUGGGAGUUGAAAGUGGGAUACCAACCGAAGAGCUGAAGAAACACUCCAGUCCUUCAUUCAAGCCCGAUGUGAUAACACAUCAUGCUGGUAAUGAAGUCAAAGCAGUAGAUGAAACUACUACGAUCAACAGUGCAGCUGCUUCAACAGCGCGUAGCAAACUUUUAGUGCCUACAAAAUUUGUUACGUACACUUUGACAUCAACAGUUACCAUUACGGAAACCACUGUGAUCGAGUCUCUCGGAAAGAGUCCUUCCACUAUGACCAUUCUGGUGACCAAAACGGAGAGGAGUACGAUCAUCGACACGAUCACAGAAGUCCACACGUUGGUGAAACCUACUAGCAUCAUAGAAACGGUCACAACAACGGUUAAACAAGGUAGUUCUUUAUAUCCCGCUGAUGUUUACGGUAGUCCUUAUCCGUCUAUCCAAGUGAAACCCACCCUGGUGAUACCAACCAUAAGUGUUACGAACACAGUCAGUGACUUCAGCUUAGCAGGUGAUGAUGACCUUGAAGAAUUUAUCAUCCAUGAUGACGACUAUCCCAUAACUAAAGAAGAAGAGCCAGCUGACUCUAACGAUUCCAUUUUGAUCAUAAUGACGGAUAAGAACACGAAAAAAGUGAUCCCUGUACCGAAUUCCACUCACGAAACUCAAGAGAGAGAUGAAGUUGUGCCUGAUAAGGUGAGCAACGUCCAGGAAGCGGGAAUUUUCAUCUUCAGUCAACCAGAAGAGAAGAGAGAGGAGGUUGUUAUGGAUAGGUGUCUUCCAGAAUGUCUGGCCUCGAAGAACGAGCUCUGUCAGAAGUUAGAAGGCGCCAUGAAAUGUGUUUGUAGGCCUGGGUUUGCGAGAAUGUUCCCAGACAGACCUUGUUUACCAACAUACACAUUCAACGGUAAAGUUGUUCUUGAACGAAUUGGCAAAGAUGCCCUACACUUCUACGACGAUUUGAAAAACCGCAACACCUCGGAGUUUUUGAAAUUCGCUCAUGCCACACGUGAAGCCUUGGACAGGAUGGUGAUGCAGUCCGACCUGAGAGACAUAUUCCAUGGGGUGCAAGUACAUUCUUUCGAACCUGUCGCUGACUCAACAGGCAUAGUCAGCAAGUUCUAUCUCCAGCUCUCCGACAACAUCGAAGAGAAUCGCUUGGAGCAGAUUUUCCAGAAAUAUUUAGACAGCAACAACAACAGCUUGGGCGGCACGGACAUUUUUGCAUCGUCGACACACAAAUUCGAAACUGCGGAUUUCGACGAGUGUUCGGAUCCUGACUUUCACGACUGUUCCGAGAACUCAAGAUGUUUCAAUUUGAGAGGCACAUACACUUGCAGUUGCAAAGAAGGUUUUUCCGAUUUGUCCGAAAAUAUGCUGUAUCCUGGCAGAAUAUGCUCUGCAGAUCUGGUCGGUUGCGACAGAUGCAGUUUCCACGGCACCUGCUAUACGAGGGAGAGCAACGAAGUGCUUUGCGAGUGCUUCCAAUGGUAUACAGGGGAGUCGUGCCAAAUAAACCUCAAAGUAUUGCUGAUAGCCUUGGUGACCUUGGGAAUAGUUCUGUUCAUUCUCCUUCUGGUUUGCGUCAUCACGAUGUGCGUAAGACGGAAGCCGAGGAACCCUGGCAUCAAAUUCUUGCCCCAGAGGAGCGGAGAUGGUAGUCAAGGUACCAUAGACCGCAGGGCGAUGAUCCAGGAUACCAGCUCUGAAGACAGCAGGUCUGAGACCAACGAGAAUCUGCCCUAUGUUCAGGCGGACAAGAAAUCGAAGGAAGCAGCCAAGAAAACCUCCAAAGUGUCCCUACAGAUCCCCGAACGCGAUGAGAUCAGAAACACUGUCCUGUUCUCGGAUCAGAAGGACAGAUCCUUGACGGUGAUGAUCCCCAGAGCGAGGUACCAUCCUUCACCGGCAACAGCGAAUAUGAUGAAUUAUACUAGUUUCGAUGCCAGGAAACCUUCGGUGCCCUCUAUCAGUAACGAGGCGAAGUUGUUGAAUUAUUUGGAUGCUGGGCUAGCUGCUAACAAGAUCGACCCCAUCAGGAAACCCAGCAACGCACCCACCGAACCCUCAAUCUCCGACCAACCAGGCUCCAGAAAAACGUCCGGAGCUCUCAUAUCCGCCGGCUUCGAAGUAUCCGCCACGGUGGGCCACAACUCGGCCACAGCAGGCCACAACUCGGUCACAGCAGGCCACAACUUGGCCACUUCUUCGAGGCUAGGCGCGAUUGGGGAGACUUCUAGGUUAGGAGCGAUGGAAGCGAUUUCUAGGUUAGGAACGAUGGAAACGACGCGUGGCACGGAGGCAGAUAGGAGCGAAAAUGCGACGCUGAUUCACAGGAUCAGCGCGGAUAGGCUGUCGAGUAAUGGCAGUACGUCGCAGUUCAAUACGCUGAGGAAGUCACUUAUGGACGAUAAUAUUGGGACUUCUACGGAUUGGCUGGAUAUCGUACCACGAGUAAUGGCCGUAUCUGAAGCACGAUCUUUUGACGAAACCACAAUACCACCACCUACAAGAGUCUUCCGAAACGAUUUUGAUUCCAAACCGUCCUCUCAACAUCAGAAUGAUGAAGCCAAUACAAUGGCUGAGAGGGACCUAGGAUCAACAUUUUUGCUCCCCCAUACACAUCUGUACAAACCAGAUAGGAGGGGAAGUGAUGCUUCUGGAUUCGAAUCACUUUAG